UUUUUAUGAAUAUAUUUACUUUCAAUAAUUAUGUUUUGUUAAUCGUCGGAUGAACACUUGUAAGUAUCACAUUAACUAAUCUUUGAUGUUGAAAACUCGUAACAGGAAGACUAGGCUCGAAUCGUGGUCCUCAAUCUGACCAAAUACAUAUCCGUACUGUUACUUCUAAAUUUAGGUCGUAUUAUCCACUUGCGAUACUCACGAAUAUAUACCCCCUGUCGUUUAAACGUAUGUACUUAAUUCUCAUUGUUCGCUUAACGAGAAAAUUGUCGCAAUGGCACAAUCGCAAUAUAUGUAAUAACGCCUGUAUGUAAAACGCCAAUGUAUGUAAGUCACACAAGCGCUUUUGGAUUAUUCCGGACUCGUGAUACAUGGUAGUAUGUCUUUGCCAAAGGAUGGAUUAGGUUUCUUCCAUUAUUUCAAGAGCUUAGUGUUUUGACAAUAUUAAGAGAAUUUGAUUGAUUUUGUUAUUAUUUGGUCAAACAUUAUUUCCUUAUUAAUAUUCGAAAAUCAAGAAUGUUAUCAUCAAAAAUAUGAAUAUCGUUUUUCAAUAAGAAAUAAUAUUUAUGGAAAAGGUAUUGUUAAAGAGAAAGAGUACAGUAUAUUACAAUCUUGGUCAAAGUUAAAGAGAUAAGUAACUACAUAUUAAAAGAUUAUCUCUCUGUGAAGAGAGAAAACAAAAGAAAAGAAAUUUGUUCGAACGUACAGGAACGCCAAAAAGGCGUUAUCAAAUCGUCGAAAUACCGUUCUGUAAGAAGAUGACCUCGGAAGACAACUCGGAUGAUCUUUUGACGAAUUGGGUUCCGGAAAUGCCGACGGUCCAAGAAAUUAACAAGUCCAUGCAAAACUUUGCUAUCCCGGACUAUAUCGUUUUCGUCUUGAUGCUUUUAGUUUCUGCUUUUGUUGGUAUUUAUUUUGGUUUCGUAAAAAAGAUCUCAGGCGAGGAUGAAUAUUUGGUUGGUGGUAGAAACAUGAAGACAUUUCCGAUCAGUUUGAGUCUGAUAGCCAGUUUUAUAUCAGGUAUCUCUUUAUUGGGUAUACCAACCGAGGUUUAUGUUUAUGGGACUACAUAUCUUUUUAUCUCUUUUGGAUUGAUCAUUACGGGCUUUAUCAUGUCGAAAGUAUUUUUACCAGUUUUUCAUGAUUUGAAAAUCACUAGCACGUAUGAGUACCUUGAAAGGCGUUUUGAUAAAAAAAUCCGAUUAUUAGGAUCCUUCCUCUUUUCCAUCAGUAUGAUAGUUUAUCUACCUAUCGUCAUCUAUGUACCAGCAUUAGCUUUUAAUCAAGUAACCGGAAUCAAUGUCCAUAUCAUCACACCUUUUGUAUGCAUUGUUUGUAUUUUUUAUACUUGUAUGGGUGGAUUAAGAGCAGUGGUUUGGGCCGAUUUCAUUCAAGUUCUCGUAAUGUUCGGAUCAAUGCUUUUGAUCACGAUCAAAGGCACUUCGGAUAUUGGUGGAUUAUCGGUUGUAUUAAGAAGAAAUCGGGACUCUGAUAGACUCGAAUUUCCAGCAUUCGAUUGGAGUCCUACGACAAGACACACAAUUUGGUCACUUGUAAUUGGGGGAUUUGUUCACUGGUUGCAGAGCUUGGCAGUCAGUCAAAACACAAUACAGCUUUAUCUCGCUUUACCUACUUUGCAUUUGGCUAGAAGGGCACUUUGGUAUUUCAUUAUAGGAGUUUCAUUAAUCGUGGGAACAUGUGGAUAUGCAGGCAUGUUAAUAUAUGCUUGGUAUUAUGAAUGUGAUCCAUUGACAACAAAACUGGCUGGUACAAAGGAUCAGCUUUUACCACUUUUAGUUAUGAACGUUUUGGGAGAUUAUCCUGGAUUACCUGGCUUAUUUGUUGCUGGAGUAUUCAGUGCUGCUCUCAGUUCUUUAUCAACUGGUUUGAACUCUAUGGCAGCGGUCGUAUUAGAAGAUUUUAUUAAGCCAUUUCGUAAAACAGGAUUUACUCCUAGAGUUGCUGAUAUUUUCAUGAAACUUACUGUCAUCAUCGUUGGAGCAAUUUGUGUGGCUCUCGCUUUUGUCGUCGAAAAAACUGGAUUGCAUGUUUUGCAGCUAUCUGUCAGUCUAAAUUCUAUAACCAAUGGUCCAUCUCUUGGUAUUUUUACUAUGGGGGUUCUAUUGCCUUGGGUAAAUGCAAAGGGUGCUCUUAUUGGCGGUUUAGCUGGUUGUGGUUUUAUGGGUUGGAUCACUUUAACAGCUCAAACAGCUAUAGCUAGUGGAAAAAUGAAAUUCGAAGAGAAACCUGUUACCACCAAAGGAUGUAUGUAUUCCUUUCCUCAAAUAGAAAAUCUCUUGUUAUUUAUACCUUCUGAAACUAUCUUGAAUGAAGAGAAUGGGAAUUCAUUUCCUGAACAGCUAUGGGCAUUGUAUCGCAUCAGUUACUUAUGGUACACCAUAAUAGGUACUUUGGUCACCCUAAGUAUUGGUCUUAUAGUAAGUAUUAUUUCUUCCGAAGAUGUUGACAAAUUAGAUCCUAUGCUGUUAGCUCCAUUUAUGAGGAAAUUCCUGAGAUCUUCUAAAAAAAAUUUACAACAAAUACAGAUUGCGAGAAAUGAUUUCAAAGUUGACAAACAAGUGGACGUUGAAGAAGAUAAAAUAAUAGCAAUGUCAUCAACAUGACAAUGAUUACUUAUUUAAUUUUUUUAUACUUUAAAAGAGACACUUUAAAUCUUAAUUUUUAUUAUUUUUCAUUCAAAAUCAUAUUAUAUGCACCUAUCUCAUUGUAUGUACGAUCUUAUUACGAAAUGUUUGUUUUAGAAAAAAAUGUUAACUCUGGAUGACGGAUUUAUAACUGUAUAUUUUAAAAUACAUUUAAAUUUUGCUUAAAAUAUCAUAUAAACGUAACAUGUGAUGUCUUCAUGAUAGAAUUCAUUAAUUAUUCUAUAUUAUAUAAUUGUUUUUGUGUAUCACACGCAGAUUUAUUAAGGCUUAAAAAUAAUAUUACAAAUAAUAUUAUUUAUUAAGGCUU